AUGUCGGAAACAGAUCCUGGCUUCAUUGCUGCCGUCGAGGAAGCCCGACAAGGCUUCGCGGAGGGAGGCGUCCCGAUAGGAGCGUGUCUUGUGUCGAAGGACGGCAAAAUCAUCGGUCGAGGACACAAUAUGCGCGUGCAGAAGGGCAGCGCGACGCUCCAUGCUGAGAUCUCUGCUCUUGAGAAUUCAGGUCGACUGCCCGCCUCCGCAUAUGCAGGUGCCACAAUGUACACUUCGCUCAGCCCUUGCGAUAUGUGUACGGGCUCGUGCAUCUUGUACAAGGUCGCCAGAGUGGUGAUCGGGGAGAACAAGACAUUUGUGGGCGGAGAGGACUAUCUCAAGCAAAGGGGAAUCGAGGUUGUGGUACUGGAGAACGAGGAGUGUAAAGAGCUCAUGAGGAAGUUUAUCGAAGAGAAGCCCCAUGUUUGGUGA